UCUGAGGUACCAUAAAGAGGCUUCAAAUGUACAACAAGAAACCUGACCGGCAGCGAAUGAAAGAGCAAUCUCUCAAGCCUGUGAGAAUCCAACCCGAUCGCCGCUGGUUUGGCAACACGCGAGUCAUUGCCCAAGAGAAGAUGCAAGCAUUCCGAGAAACCAUUGCCAAAGGCGUGGAGGAUCCAUUCUCAGUGGUGCUCAAGAGCUCUAAGUUGCCCAUGUCACUUUUGCGUGACACUGAGUCCAAAGCAUCACGGAUGGACUUGCUAUCCGUGUCUCCAUAUCAGGAGGUCUUCAGCAAGAAGCGCCAGCAGAAGAGGGCAAAAAUUGCUGCAAGCGAUCUCGAAGGUUUUCUCGAGGCGGCGGAGAAGAAGGCGGAAGGCUAUGUGGGAGACAAAUCUUCUUUGGUCGAUGCUUUUGGCGUUGAAAAGAGCGAAGAUCCCGCAGGCCACGCAGGUGAAGAGAUUUUCAACAAAGGCACAUCCCGACGAAUUUGGGGCGAAUUGUACAAGGUGGUUGAUGCGUCUGAUGUCUUGGUCUUUGUUUUGGAUGCCAGAGAUCCCAUGGGCACUCGCUGUGUGCAGCUUGAGCGAGAGCUGCGCCGUCGGCAAAAGCAUGUCGUGCUCCUUGUGAACAAAGUCGACUUGGUGCCCACUUGGGUCACGCGGCGAUGGAUUUCUGAACUCAUGAAGGAGUUUCCGACUUUGGCCUUUCACGCUUCGAUCACCAACCCUUUUGGCAAGAAUUCACUUCUGAACCUUUUGCGACAGUUUGCCAAUCUCCUCAAGGACAAGAAGCAUGUCACAGUGGGUAUGGUGGGUUACCCCAACGUCGGAAAGUCCUCUGUGAUCAACACACUGAAGCGGAAGAAGGUGUGUAAAGCUGCCCCUGUCCCUGGUGAGACCAAAGUUUGGCAGUAUAUUGCGCUCACCAGGAAACUCUACCUCCUUGACUGUCCUGGCAUCGUCCCUCCUUCGGCCAGCGAUUUCGACGCAGACUGCGCCAAAGUCUUGAAAGGGGUUGUUCGGGCAGAGCGAUUGAAGACGCCUUCAGAUUACAUCCACGAGGUGCUAUUGCGGGUCAAAAAGCCAUACUUGCUGCAACGAUAUAGAUUGCCUGCAGAUACCACCUGGAACGACAGCGAAGAGUUUUUGACCAUUCUUGGCAAGAAAAUGGGGAAGCUGGUGAAAGGUGGAGACGCGGACAUUGACACUGCUGCUCGGAUUGUAUUGUAUGACUGGCAGCGUGGACGAAUUCCAUACUUCACUGCGCCUCCAGAAAUACAAGAAGAGAAGGAGACGCCUGAGAAAGAUGCAAGGUUGGCAGAAGGUGCUUCGGAGGCCGCCGCUGAGGGCGAGGAUCUCUCGAUUCCUUCGGCGGCUCAGUCGUUGAACGGAUUAAGUGAGAUCCCGUGCGUCCACGUCUUUGACGAGGAGGAUCGUCGAGGAGAAGCAACUCCAGCUCCAGACAAGGAAAAACAUAAAUUGCACAUGAGGGGCAGCAUAUCGCACUACAUUGAAACGUCCGAAAUAUCUGUGGUUUCGAAGACUCCAACCAUGUUUCUUCAAAUUGUUGUGAUGUUCGAGGCCUCCAGUUCCACUCCAUCUCAGUCAUUUGCCGUGAAUGACGAAGAGCAAGAGGCCCCAAAGAAGAAACGCAGGAGAAAGACGCGAGGAAAUGGCCGGCCUUCCACCAGAUCUGAUGGUGUGGCUCCUGAACCUGGCACAUUGGAUUGGAAGGCUGUGGUGGCUGAGUUCGGCAUUUAGUUUCACGUUUCACUCUCCCGCUGCAACCAUCAGCCAGCAAUAAAGAGAC